CACACGGCUUCCGUCCUGGUUAAGAUGGCGGCGCCCGGGGUCCUCUGGAGCGGUCGCAGAGGGUGCCACCGCCCUAGGCGAGGUCGGGCCGCCCUGCACGGAAGAUCCGCCCCCAGCAGCAGCACCACCACCGCUUAGCAAGGAAUCCCAGGCCUCACCCGGGACGGCAGGCGCACCAUGGAUUCUUCCAGUUCUUCUAACUCUUGUUUAUCUUUCGGCUCCAGUGGUCCCAGCGCUGUCGUACUUCUCUACUCGAAGGAGCUCAAAAAAUGGGACGAUUUUGAGGAUAUGUUAGAGGAGAGGAGGCAUGUCAGUGACUUGAAAUUUGCAAUGAAAUGCUACACACCUCUUGUAUAUAAGGGUAUUACUCCUUGCAAGCCAAGAGAUAUUAAGUGUAGUGUUCUCAAUUCUGAAGAGGUUCAUUAUAUCAUUAAACAGCUUUCCAAGGAAUCCCUUCAAUCUGUUGAUGUUUUCCGAGAACAAGCUUGUGAAAUCUUGGAUGAAAUGAGACACAAACUGCAUCUGGGAGCAAUCCGUUUUUUGGCCUUCACCCUGAGCAAAGUAUUUAAACAAAUUUUCUCAAAGGUGUGUGUGAAUGAAGAAGGUCUUCAGAAACUACAACGAGCCAUCCAGGAGCAUCCAGUUGUUCUGCUGCCUAGUCAUCGAAGUUACAUUGACUUUCUGAUAUUGUCUUUUCUUUUAUUCAACUAUGAUUUACCUGUGCCAGUCAUAGCAGCAGGAAUGGAUUUCCUGGGAAUGAAAAUGGUUGGUGAGCUGCUACGCAUGUCAGGUGCCUUUUUCAUGCGACGCACCUUUGGUGGCAAUAAACUCUACUGGGCUGUGUUCUCUGAAUAUGUAAAAACAAUGUUACGGAACGGUUAUGCUCCUGUUGAAUUUUUCCUCGAAGGGACAAGAAGCCGUACUGCCAAGACAUUGACUCCUAAAUUUGGUCUUCUGAAUAUUGUGAUGGAACCAUUUUUUAAAAGAGAAGUUUUUGAUACCUACCUUGUUCCAAUUAGCGUCAGUUAUGAUAAGAUAUUGGAAGAAACUCUUUAUGUUUAUGAGCUUCUAGGGGUUCCUAAGCCAAAAGAAUCAACAACUGGCUUAUUGAAAGCCAGGAAGAUUCUUUCUGAAAAUUUUGGAAACAUCCACAUAUACUUCGGAGACCCUGUAUCACUUCGUUCUUUGGCAGCUGGAAGGAUGGAUCGGAGCCCAUAUAACUUGGUUCCAAGAUAUAUUCCUCAGAAGCAAUCAGAGGACAUGCAUGCCUUUGUCACUGAAGUUGCCUAUAAGAUACAGCUUCUGCAAAUUGAAAACAUGGUUCUGAGCCCAUGGACCCUAACAGUUGCUGUUUUGCUUCAGAAUUUGCCAUCCAUGGACUUUGAUGCAUUGGUUGAAAAGACUUUAUGGCUGAAAGGUUUAACACAGGCAUUUGGAGGAUUUCUCAUUUGGCCUGAUAAUGAACCUGCUGAUGAAGUUGUCCAGUCCAACAUUCUUCUGCAUUCCAAUAUUGUCAGCCUUGUCAGAGAUCAGGUGAUUGUGAAAAUGGACUCUGGAAGGUCAGAAGAGGUCAAUGGACUGGUUUCCCAGCACAUCACUCUCCUCAUGUGCUCAGCUUACAGGAACCAGUUGCUGAACAUUUUUGUCCGUCCUUCCUUAGUAGCUGUAGCACUGAAGAUGACACCUGGGUGCAGGAAAGAGGAUGUCUACAGUUGCUUUUGCUUCCUACGUGAUGUUUUUUCAGAUGAGUUCAUCUUCCUUCCAGGAAACGCACUAAAGGACUUUGAAGAAGGCUGUUACCUGCUUUGUAAAAGUGAGGCCAUACAAGUGACUCCAAGGGAUAUCUUAGUUGCAGAAAAAGGAAAUACUGUGUUAGAAUUUUUAACAAGACUCUUUAAACCUUUUGUGGAAUGUUACCAGAUAAUUUGCAAAUACCUCUUGAACGAAGAAGAGGACUCCUUCACUGAGAAACAGUAUUUGACGGGAGUUAGAAAUUUUACAAGUGAUCUUCUCUAUCAAGGUACCUCUCAGUGUUAUGAUGUACUGUCUUCUGAUAUACAGAAAAAUGCCUUAGCAGCUUUUGUGAGAUUAGGUGUAGUAGAGAAGAAGAAAGUAAAUAAUGACUGUAUAUUUAACAGGAAUGAAUCUGCCACGACUAAGUUAGAAGAAAUGCUUUGUUGCAAGAUACCAGUAGGAAAACCAGUGACUGCAAAACUGUAAUAAUCCCCAAGCAGUUAUGGAAAAUUUGGUCUUUUAAUUAACGUUAUCAAAGGACUCUAAUACAGCAAACAGGGAAGUAAAGAAAAAUACACAUCUUCUACUUCACAGGACUUUGAGGAACUGUGGACUCAGUAGAGAGGAAAGGAUGAUCAGUUUAAGCAAUCAGUGAAAUCUUCCCCAUCACAAUGGUUAAAAGGCCUUUGUGUCCAACUCUGUGUGUUUUAAAAUAAAGCACUCUUUUGGAAACAGGUUUGGAAAAGCAAAGCCCAACUCCUAUUUCACUAACAUUUUUCAGCUUAUUAUAUGUAUUAAACUUUAAUGUUGACUUCUGAAUUAAAGUACGACAUCAACACUGAAGGCCAUGGCUAUUAAAAGAUAACUUUCUGAAAAGGA